AUCCAUCUCACUCAUCAUCUCAACAUAUCCCUCGGCCUGACGUUUCUGAUUUUUUUCCCCUCCUUUCCUUCCAUUUGUUUUCGCAACUAUCGACAGCUGCUUCGUCAUCACAUUGGGUUUGUUUUUUUUCUUUGAUUUCGUUUUCUUUGUCUGUUCCAGUGUCCUGUGCCGCCACAAAUUGGGGCUUACUCGGAUCUGAAUACGCCAAUUGUUCCUGUCAUUCCGUCUCAUAACCUGCGGACUGCCCGGAAUCCGGAGAGCUCGGAACCCCAUAACUUUCCAUUGUUUUCCUCACCGUCUACUAUCGCCUUUGUCAGGCUUGUCGUCUUCUGCUCCUUUAUACACUGUUGGAUUGCAACGUUCAGCCUUUCUCAGCCAUCAACUGCGUUACCGCCGUGUCCUGGCGUCAAGUGCCUGCUUUGAAAAUCGGCAACUGCCUCUCGCUUCUUUUAAACGUUGUUGAAGCAGCCGGGGACUCUCCCCGCAAGUCUAGGACGCCAAGAUGUCGAACCCUCGAAGGACCCCGAUGACUCGUCCUGAUUCUGUCCUACCUCUUAAGACCACUUUGGCUGUUCUCACCAAAGGGGCUUCCUUCUCACCCAUCAGCCCGGCAACACCUGAGUCUUCAUCCUCAUUCACGCCGCCUUCAUUACCUACUCGAUCUCAUACCGACCUCGAUGAUGUUGUCGACGCGCACCGUCGACGUGUUGCUUUGACUCUCGGCGAUAUCGAGAAGACCCUUGCUGGCAUGUCGUUGGACUCUCCUACCCCCAACAAGGCUUUCCGUGACAACAGCUACCCUCUUCCAAGGGGUCUUCUGGACCCUACCCUGAUCGGAAAGGAGAUGGAUGUCGAACGUCGUGUGCUGAGGCCUCGGCCCGUCCGCCGCCGUGGGCAAUCCCACCACCACGAAUCCGACAGUGGACUGGGUUCUUCAAUCCUGUCAACGAAGCAGAAGAGCACACCAAAUGCUGAUUCCACCCCGGCAAAGGCUGGUGUUAAAGGAUCUGCCGUGACACGGUCGGCCGCUUCCUCCACCUCAAAGAACCUCCCCAGCCUCAGUGCUCGCGCAACAAACCGCGUGUUUGAGCACACAUUGAAAUCCCUCCUUGCCGAUUCUUCCUUCAAAGAGUUUCACCCUGUUCUCCUGGAAUGCCCGCGUAAGAUCCAGUCAAAGCAAAUUGUUUGCUUGAGGGAUGUCGAAAAGACGCUGCUUUUGACAGCACAGGGAGUCACAAAAGCACCCAAGCUUUACCUUGACUUCUGCCUUUCCACUGUCCAAUGCAUCCGAGCCACAGUUGUCUAUCUAAGUGAGACGGAGCAGCGCCGCCCCAAGGACGUCCCCUACAGCAGCGGCUACUUCAUCGACCUUGUCGAUCAAAUCAAGCAAUACGCCCAACAGCUUGCCGAUCAAAAGAAGGCAGGUGCCUCGGACGCCAACAUCAAGGAGGAGGUGAAGCUCCACGGUGGCAUUGCCGUCAACGGCCGCCCGGCUGAGCUCGUUCGGAUCAGUGGUGGCAAGGCCAUCUCGCUGGCAACCGGCGAGCCUGUCGAGUUGGAAGAGGAGACUACCAGCCCCAUCCGAUUCAAGCGCUCGGCCAGCCAGCAGCUCGCCGACGACGAUGAGAUCAUGCGUUCCAUGGCUCGCCGCAAGAAGAACGCUCCUCCUGAGGAGUAUGCGCCCAAGAUGUGCCGUGAGCCUGGGUGCGGUAAAGAGUUCAAGAGGCCUUGCGAUCUGACUAAGCACGAAAAGACGCACUCGCGUCCGUGGAAAUGCCCCGUCACCACGUGCAAAUACCACGAAUAUGGAUGGCCGACUGAGAAGGAGAUGGACAGGCACCACAACGACAAGCACUCGGCGGCCCCGCCCAUGUACGAGUGCUUGUACAAGCCCUGCCCAUACAAGUCAAAACGGGAGUCGAACUGCAAGCAGCACAUGGAGAAAGCCCAUGGCUGGACCUACGUUCGCACCAAGGCCAAUGGUGGGAAGAAGAUUGACAGCAACCCUUCAGGCAGUGUCACACACGCUACUCCUCAGCUCACCAACAUGCCCACUCCUCCCAGUGACAACGGUGCAUUUGCUGGACUGGCCACUCCGCCAAUGGAGUACACCAUGCCGGCGUACAACAACAACAUCGAGUUCCCCACAUAUGUGGCUCAGGAUCAGUUCCAGAUCCAGUUCCCUCAGGAGCUCUCUCUUGACUAUUCACCAUCAGCCGCAUCCGACCACGCAACCCCCUCCUCACACUCAAACGUGAGCGGUGGCUCUCCCUUUGAGUCUCCGUACCAAGACCCCAGCAGCGAUUUCACCGUCUAUGACGACAUCUACAACGCCAACGCUCAGGUCCAGAUGCAGAACCCUUUUAGUGAAAAGGAUGCUGCGCAGUUCCUUGCGUUUGUCACCAACGCCGAGUUUCAAACUACCAAGGCUGCGCCGGUCCAUUUCUCACCGACUGGCCAGGGAAACACCAUGCUUUUUACACCCAGCACACUCGCCGACUACGACGAGAGCUUUGACGAUUUCCAAAACAACGCGCAGAUGGGCGCUGACUUCUGCCUCUUCCCUGCCAAUGGGGUCAAGCAGAAUUCACCUGCACCUCUGUUUGGCGAGAUCCCCAGCGUCGCUGCUGGAUACUCGCAGCCCACGUCUCAGGAGCUGUUGCCUAAUGAUUGGCGCAUGAACCAGUACCAGGGAAUGGGUUUCUCUCAAAACUGAAGCGAUAGGAUUUGAUUUUAUGAUGGAGCGUGGAGCAACAAGCCUGUAUUAUUUAUUGAUUAUUAUUUGUUUUUGACGUCUCUUUGACACAUGAUACAAUUCAAUUUCUGAAGAUUUAACUCUCGUUGCUUGGGAGACCUAUUUACUUUUUUUUUCUUUUUGCGCGCCCAUGAUGACAGAAAUGGCGUCUUUGUUUUCUUUAUGUGGCCAUCUUGACAAAAGAUGUCAUCGUGGGCCCUAAUCUGUGUUUUCAACAGAUCAAGAUGAAGUAUGACGCGAAGAUCUUUACUCAUUUGUCAACGUACUAGAUUGCGCUCUCUUCUCUCUAUCCUCAUUUAGUCAUUUUUUCCUGCUAUGCGGAUUGGACAUUGCGGAAAUCGAAAGUGAUUUACCGUAUUGGGAGGAACUUUUGGAAGACAGAAGGGAAAUAUGGAAGGGCUUUGGUUGGUUGCAGAUAUUGCUCAUUGGCACACCAAAGCUAAAGGAAAUAGUUGGUUUUAGUUUAGAUACCUACUUUGACAGGCAAUACUAUUAUUUUGUCUGUUACUCAAUUUGUCA